AUGCUGAUUCUUCUACGGUUCGUCCAUCUUCUUACACUCAUCGCAUAUGCUCAUUCAGACUACUACAUUGAGAGCUCAGAUGGCGGUACUGUUAAAUGCGUCGACAGAAUGGAGCAACCAGCAUUUGAUAAUAGUUUAUUAAGAAAUCACAAGUUUCAGGAAUCGCCGUCUAAAAUUCCUACAACAACGACCAAAUCAAAUACAAAAAGCAAAUGGCGAACGACAGAAGCGCAUGUUAGUAUUGCAGAAUGCCCCAGAGGAACCGUACCCAUACUGCAGGACGACGCGAGGGAAGACCCUGGCAACAACACAUCAAUACAGACUACACAUGAGUAUGCAGAGAAAUCUACGGAUGUCUCAUCAAAAUUAUAUGGAGCUAAAGCUACGAUAAACAUAUGGGAUCCAAAAGUAGAAAACAAAGAAAACGAGCUAAGUAUCUCACAAAUCUGGAUCAGCUCAGGAGGAUAUGAGACGAACAAUCUUAACACAAUCGAAGUUGGAUGGCAGGUGUAUCCGCAGUUGUAUACCGACAACAAGCCAAGACUGUUUAUUUAUUGGACGAGUGACGCAUAUCAAACAACAGGAUGCUAUAACCUCAGGUGUCCCGGUUUCGUACAAACGAGCAGAAAUAUUGUACUGGGAGGUGCCAUUAGUCCUGUUUCUGUCUUUGGAAGCAGACAAUAUGAAAUUAGCGUGCACGUAUGGAAGGAUCAAAAACAAGGAAACUGGUGGCUGAGUUUAGGAGAAAAUAAUCUGAUUAUAGGAUAUUGGCCAGCAGAGCUUUUCACGAAUCUAGAUUACGCAACUGAAGUGCAUUGGGGCGGUGAAGUAGUAGACUCUCGCAGCUUUGGUAGACACACGAGGACCCAAAUGGGAUCCGGUCGAUUCCCUUUCGAAGGUUUCGGAAAAGCUAGCUAUUUCCGGAAUCUCGAGAUUGUGGAUAGUAACAAUUUUCAGCCGAUCCAAAAAUUAAAGACAAACGCAGAAAAAAAAUAUUAUGAUACCAAUAAUUUAGAUAUAGAUGAAGGAUGGGGAACUCAUUUUUUCUAUGGAGGACCUGGAUCCAGUACUCACACCCAUUCUGGAGUCGUAUCUCUGAGAAUAAGAUUCGUCUUGUAA